AGUCAAAAAAAUAUUAAAACUCUUUCAAAGGUAUCGCAACGACAAUUUAGUGGUCGAUCAGUGGAAUCGGCCAUGUCAAAGCUCUAGAUCAAUGGAUGUUGCGGAGAAUUAAGAAAAAUGCCUAGAAGUAACGCUGAAAGAUGAUUAGUAUCCAUCAACACACUUCUCAAGAGAACACAGUUCCUUACGGUCCUAACGCAAUAGCUAUAAUCGCCAGCAUUGUUUCUCUUGGAACUAUAGUAGUGAUCUGCUCUUGGUGUUACAAAUGCUGGAAGGGAUCAGAAAAGGAUGCAGAGAGCACAGAAAGUGACUAUGAUUCAUCCUCGGACUCUCAACUGUAUGGAGUCCCAGGGCACAAAUACCGCGCAUUUGCGAAAUACUCGACGCUGUCGGAUGUUUCUCCGCCUGAAAAGCGCAUCGACUCGCCUGGCUAUCCGAAAAAAUCGCUAAAAUUUUCUCAGCCGCCUCCACAAGAGUACGAUGUGCAAGCACCUCAGCCGGAUAUUUCGAACUUUGUGAUCCCACCAGAGCCCCCUCUGCUCGAUCAAUCAUCUUCUAAAGAGGAUCUAGGAAAGGUUUACUUCUCAAUUAGCUACGAUUCCCAAGAUAUGGUGCUCACGUUGAAAAUUAUAAAAGCGUCUGGACUUCCGGCCAAAGAUUUUAGCGGAACCAGCGACCCGUUUGUGAAAAUUCUGCUGCUUCCAGAUAAGAAGCACAAAAUGGAGACUCGAAUUAAGAGGAAAAAUCUCAACCCAACAUGGAACGAGGUUUUCAGAUUUGAAGGUUUCCCACAUAACAAGCUCUUGAGUCGAACGUUGUAUCUUCAAGUACUGGACUAUGAUCGUUUUUCUCGGAACGAUCCCAUUGGAGAAAUAGAAAUCCCGUUGAGCGAUAUUGACUUGGGGCCAAUGACUCUGACUUUCUGCAAGGAUCUACAGCCCUGUAAACGUCAGGAACACCUGGGGGACCUUCUUAUCUCCAUGAUGUACCAACCCACAAAUAACAGAAUUGUGGUUGUUGUCAUGAAAGCCUCAAAACUAAAGAAGAUGGACUUCAUUGGGUCAUGUGAUCCAUAUGUUAAAAUAUAUUCCAUGCAUGGAGGGAAGAGGUUGGACAAGAAGAAAACAACAAUAAAGAGAAGAUCAAAAGAUCCUGUGUGGAAUGAAUCGUUCAUAUUCUAUGUUCCAGUUGACAAGCUUAGAGAUAUAACAUUUGUCUUCACUGUUAUGGACUUUGACCGUAUCACACAAAAUGAGAUGAUUGGCCAAAUAAUCUUAGGAUAUCGCACCACUGGCAGUUCACUAAGGCACUGGACUGAAAUGAUGGGUAAUCCUAGGAAGCCUGUAGCACAAUGGCAUAGGCUUCAACUUUACUAGCAAGAGGAAUUAAGUUUUAUGUGGCACUUAACAUUUCUGCUAGAGUUCUGCAACCCAAGAAAAACUAACAAUGAAAAAUAGUAGUGCAGAAUGAGAUCACUUAUUCCAAAACUCAGCAAGCAAAUUGUCUACAUGUCAAAAAAUAGAGAAAACUGCAACUUUUAAUUACUACUUUGAACUCAGGAGACCACUUUUUUUAACUUUGUGGUGACAUGAUUGUACAUCAUGUAGUUCAGCUGAAAAUUUAAUGAACAGAAGUAUUCCUGAAAACUAUCUAGAUCUGUAUUGUUCUUUCUUACAAAGAUACAACACAAGACUGCAGCAAAGUGAAACUAAUCAUAUGCAAACACAAAUGAAAAUAGCCUCUGGAAAACUUCUAAGUAUGACAGAUGGAUACAACUAAAUAUACUAAAAAUACUUGGUACAAAAAUAUAUUUUGCCCAAUGAUUCAUGACCUAUAAACAUGUCUUACUCAUAAAACAAGUGACCUUCUAUGUACAAGACAUGUAAUUUCAUCUCCUACAGAUUUACUCAGCCUUUCUCCACCCCUCUAAGAAAAUUAAGCAUCAUCGUGUAAAUGAGAAACAAUACGCUUUUUGAAGAUUUUUAUGUCUACACAAUUCUGGAAAUCCAGGGACAAGUACUAGUAAUUUAGGAGAAAAAAAAAUAAAGUUUUCGGCUUGACCCUCAAAAGGAAACUUUCAUAGUGAGUCAAACCUGCUGUUUUUUUCCUCCCACACAAUUAUUUGCCAUUGAGUCUGCAACAAUGUGUCAACCCCCAAAAACAAUUUAAGUGGUUUGCAAAAUUUAUACAAAGGCAGAACUUUCCAUGACUGACACUUCAAAAACAUGACAGACAGAAGAGUGUCUUAAUGGUUGAUACAUUCUUCAAGUUUACAUUUACAUUUCUCAUGACCUUUUGAGUAUUCAAUUUCUUGUGGUUUGUGGGUAUUAAAUGCUUAAUCAGAUAAUGCAUCGAGACUUUUCUUUGAGGAUUCUUCAAGUAUAAAGCUAAGAUGUGAAAGAAGUUGUUACAUGUACAUGUUGUAAUGUUUUAGAUCUAACAAAAAAUAAAACAUCAAUGUCUGAAAGUAUCAACUAACUUAACAUUAUUUUAACAACUACUUAAAUUCCCAACACACUUAAAGGCUUAAUAAAGUUAAAAGGUUUAUUUUUGAAGUGGGUUUUAAUUAUCUUGACAGACUUCCUGAUAUUGGUACCACUUUUUAAUUAAGUUUCUCCAUUUAAAGGUCUUCUGUAGACAAGCUAACAAAAAUUUGCAUGAAAUAUGAACUCUGAUGGAAUCCAUUAGGUUGUUCAUUGUGUAAGCACUGAUCAUACUUUAUCAACAUUACAAACCAGAUGUAAAGAUUUAUGGAAAUGAUGUAUUUUUAAUUCCAGACUAAAUUAAAGGAGCUUAGUACUCUGUGGUGAAAUAAAUUGUUUUAGAUUA